GGCUGACUGUUUUCAACGGCAUCGGACGAGGGGCUGAGCGUCCCCGGUGAAUACAGCUGGUUUUAAAAUUUGCCCCCGGUGUCUGCUUCCUCUACAGCCGCUGCACAUUCCGCUCAGGCAUGGAAAAAGUCGUCAUCGUAACGGGUGCCAACAGCGGCAUCGGCUUGGCUUUGUGUGAAAGGCUUCUCACGGAGGACACACAGCUCCGGCUGUGUCUGGCCUGCAGGAACAUGCAGCGGGCAGAGGCCGCCCGCAGCGCCCUCCUCACCUCUCACGCCGGUGCCCAUGUGGACUUACUACAGCUCGACGUGGGCUCCGUGGAGUCGGUGCUCGACGCUGCUAAGGUGGUCAAGGCCAGAUACAACAGAAUUGACUUUCUCUAUCUAAAUGCUGGAAUUAUGCCCAAUCCACAAGUGGACAUCAGAGCUUUUUUUAAGGGUUUAUUUUCCAGAAAUGUCAUCAACAUGUUUGCAACAGCAGAGGGUCUCUUGACUCAACAAGACCGCCUCAACUCAGAUGGCCUACAGGAAGUUUUUGCCACUAACCUGUUUGGUCAUUUUGUCCUGAUCCGGGAGCUGGAGCCUCUGCUGUGUCAGACAGGUCAUACGUCCAGGGUAAUGUGGACCUCUUCAAGUAAUGCCCGCCGGUCUGCCUUCAGCAUUGAUGACAUUCAGCACAGAAAAGGGACGGAGCCCUACAGCUCCUCCAAAUACGCUUCAGACAUGCUCAGCGUGGCUCUUAACAGGCGCAUGAACGGCCAGGGUCUGUUCUCCUCAGUAGUCUGCCCAGGACUGGUGAUGACUAAUUUGACCUAUGGUAUCCUCCCCUCCUCCUUCUGGACUCUAAUCAUGCCCAUCAUGUGGUUGAUUAGGAUCUUCACCAACACUUUCACCCUUACACCGUACAAUGGAGCAGAGGCACUGCACUGGCUGUUUCUACAAAAGCCAGAAUCUCUGGAUCCCAGAGCAAAGUAUCACAGUUUAACAUCAGGGCUUGGGACAAACUACACCGAGCCGCGACAGAUGGACAUUAAUGGUGAAACGGCUGACGUCCUCUUUUCAAAACUUCUUGAACUUGAGAAAGGGGUCAGAAGGAAACUGUGUGAGAGAAAUGCUGACAAUGAAGCUCAUCAACGGUGGACCACUGAACAGAGGGUGAAAUGAUCAUGCUUGUUCUACCUCAGCCAAGGUCAAAGCUUUGGUUUAUAUAAGUGAUUAUGUUAACUCUGACUACUUCUGAGGGGACCCCAUGGGGAGAUUUUCCCAGAGUCAAAAUGUUAAAGAAAGCUCUGUCUCAACAUCUAAUGGGUUCUUUCUUUGAUCAAGCUGCACCUCUCCACCAGGUUAGACAAAGCUUAGCUUGGAUGUUUUUAUGUAAUUAAACAAAUCAGUUAUGAAGGAAAUGCAACUGUUCCUUUCUUUUUUUAAAGUCCACCGAUAUUCCCUCAGUCCUCUGUUAACACUGCUCUAAAGACUUUCCAAUCAUACCGUGAACUUGAAGCACAUCACACUGAGAGGUCUAAUUUAAAUAACUGUGUGGGCAGGAAGGGCCUUUUUGAUAAGCUACUUUGAGCUCUCUACAAACCUCCUCACGUUACUCACAUUGUUUCAUAUUUCAACAUGUUAAUAAUAGAAACACGCUUUGCAUUUCUUGAAACUUUGUAAAAAUAAUGACGAGACUUUAUGUUUCAUGAGCUCAGCCUGUCACGAUUUCUAAACUCAGAUUCACAAGAAUCACUGUUUUUAAACAAACAGUGGAAGUUUAUUGAGGGGUCAACAAGUUCACGUGAGAUCAGUAACACGAAAGCGCUUUCCUGUUGUAAAGUGGACCCUGCUGUGUUUUCACCUGAUAGCUGCAUCAUGUUUCCUGCCCCACAAAGUUAAUUAGGUCUUUGUUAAUGCCCUGGCUUCUUGAGGCCACUGACUAACCACCAGCUCUGUGUGAUCUGGAGAUCGUUUCCAUACAAAUAAUAAAUUAUGGAAGGAUUGUCAAGUAAAUAAAUGGAAAACCUUAUAGUUUGCAAUAGGACGAAUAAGUGUGCAAGUAAAUAAAUCAGCUGCUUUA